AUGUUUGAAGCUGCUCUUCACAGCACAUUUCUUCACUUACGAAAUGUCCAUGACUUGGACCAUAAAAAAAACACUCUUAAAACUUAACUGAAUGUGGCAUUUGGGGUCUGAAGAGGCCAUCCUUUCUCCUACCUCCGACUGCAGCGGUGAGUUUGAAGGUAGUGACGUCAUUGCAAAUGGUGUCCCUGUUACUAGAGAAAUAUACUUAUCUCAACUAUUAUAGCAGGACUUUAAACUUUUAUUACAAAUUAUAUACAGUAUACCGUAUCACUUGACGAACGUGGCAGAGUGUAUUUCUUGUGUUUACCCAUAACCGUCAAUUCGUCCAUCGGCGCAAACCAGUCAGGUGGAAAUGAUACGUUUCGUCUGAGCGAGACAGGCCAGAAAAAUUUACAAUUCAAUGAAAAAACGACAGAAACCAGGAAGGUUGACUGAAGAAGUGCUAGUGUGACACCGCCUUUAGUCUUUACAACAUUAACUCUUAAACCACAUUUUUGCCUUUUUCCACUAAUGUAUCUGUUAACAAGUUUUUGCAAUGCUUUUUCACUCUGUGAUAAGAGCAGUUUUAUCUGUUCAGCGUAUAUUUAUUAUUACUUUACCAUUAACUUUUAGUCCUCAAUUGUCACUUAUAACUUAUCUCAUUAAGAAUUCUGAAUAUACAGCCCUGUCUUAAUCCCUGUCUAACUGUGAACCAGUUAGGAAGUUCAUUAUUUACUUACACUGCAGCCUCAUGUUGCCACUUUACAAUUCUAAUAUCUCCAUUAAUAACUAUUUUACCUUGUCAAAAGCUUUUUCAAAAUCAACAAAGCAGAUAAACAAAAAUCUCAAGCCAAAUAUAGUUUCUCUAGUUCCUUUUUCUUCAAUUUGUUUUUGUAAAUUCUGCUGGAAGCUGAUCAACCCCACAAGAUUUGUCUCUUUUUUUUUCUCUUUUUUUCUCACAGCUGCUUCAACUUGUUUCCAGAAUUGUCAUUUUGAUCUUCAUUUCCAUUUUGAUUCUUAAUUCUACUUCAUCCUUAUCAUUGCUUAUCAUUGCUCAUCUCCCUUUUACUUCUUCUGCCUCAAACAGGACCUUAUCAUCUUUGCUUUUAAUAUCAUCCCAUUUAUUCCCAAUUUUUUUGUUCAUUUGUUUGAUCUUUCUGUACAUUCCCAUAUAAUUAUGCCUCCUGUCAUCUUCUUCAAUCUCCUUGCAUUUGCUUUCUAGAUUAUCUUAUUUGACCUGUCUGCAUUCCCUUUGAAUUUCUUUGUUAAUUUUUAUGUAAGCCUCAGUUCAUAUUCUUAUGUUUCUUCAUCUAUCCACCCUUACCACACAUGGUACAGUAAGGGCACUUAGCUGUUUGAAGAGAGAAAAGGCCCUCUUACGGAGUACACUGUCAAAUUUGGCCUGUCCAGUAUCUCAACUUAUCACAAAGUCUUUGCUAAGGUAUCUGUAAUGGAAGUUCAACAACCUUUUCUGAAGAAGAAUACAAGGAAAAUUCUUCAGUAAUGGAAAAUCAUAAAUGGCUGCAACAGGUGACUCCGCGACUAGUGCUGCUACUCCUCACCAACUGCAACAUAUUAAUAACUUAGCCCCGAUGCCUAUGAUGGGAAAAGAUCAAGUACCACCUUUAAUGCAAACAGAUCUAGCUCCUUCUAGAAUAAAAGAAGUACUGGCAUUAGAUCACACGCAAGCAAUCAAAGAAGAAUUGUCUAAGGUUGAAGAAGAGGUUACAGAGGAUGUUGACCCAGUGAUAGACAUUAUGAUCAAUAAUGUCGUAAGUUCUUUCUCUGUCGCCUGUCACCUCGAUCUAAGAAACAUCGCUAGAACAGGAAAUAAUGUGGAAUUUCGACGUGAAAAUGGGAUGGUGACUAUGAAAAUACGGAGGCCGCCCACAACUGCAUCAAUAUGGUCGUCAGGAAAGAUAACGUGUACAGGGUCCACUUCAGAGAUUCAGGCCAAGCUAGCAGCGAGGCGUAUUGCACGUGUCAUCCAAAAAUUAGGAUACAGCGUUAAAUUCAAAAAUUUUCGCAUUGUAAAUGUUUUAGGAACCUGUACCAUGCCCUUUGCUAUCAAGAUAACUCCAUUUUCUCAAAAAUUCAGAAACAGAGCCAGCUAUGAACCAGAGUUGCAUCCUGGUGUGACGUAUAAGAUUGAUGACCCAAAAGCAACAUUGAAAAUAUUUUCAACUGGGAGUAUUACUGUGACAGCUCCAAGUGUAAACAAUGUACAGAGUGCCAUAGAGCACAUAUAUCCCCUAGUGAGUGAGUUUGGAAAGGCUCGCACUGAAGAAGAAAUGAAUGAAUACUUGGAGCUCAAGGCCAGACGGCAUUUCUCACAACAACCAGAAGAGGAAGACUCUACUGAUUCUGAUAUUCCAGCCGAUCUGUGGCACUAAGAUCUGUAGUUUUGUACGAUAUUAUGUGUUGAAUAGUGUUACUCACCAAAUAAGAAAACUCAUUUGCAAUCAUCAAGCAUAUCACAGCAGUAUAUAUAUGGUGUUAAUUGAGUUUUGUACUGUGUCACAUCAUUCAUAUUUUUACAUUCACUCAGCCCUCUGUAAAAUAAUAUUAGGUUGGUGCCAACCAAGGUUACUUUAGCUAGUCAUAAGGCCAAACAAAAAUAUUUUUGUGUUUCCGGUAAAGAGGACAAAUAUAAGGUUAGUACGUGAAAUUUUUAGACGUUUGGCUUUAAAGACACUGAAUUGUAAGAUAAAGUACCAUGUAUUGUAUUUUACCGUUAUGUAUUGUGCGUAUCACCAUUACAUAUUUAAUGGAAAUAACCAAUUUAAUAACUGCUAGAUAAUGAAUAGGUUUUUUGUACAUCAGUUGAAUAUAUCUACUUGUCUUUAUCUUCAGAGCUGUUAUCUGAACCAAGAGUUGUAAGAUAACUCGUGUCUUUAAAGGAUUGUUGGUAAAUAUUAUCAGAUGUUGGUUAUGAGCAUGGAAGAAAUUUUAUGUAGAAGCGUGCAUUGUUAUCAGCUAAAACAUAAGUAAAGCAGUUGACAUGCUUGUAGUAUUGGUAAUGAAGUAGUCAAUCUGUGAAAAGAGAUAACAGUGCCUAGUGUAGGUGAGAUAACCACAGCUGAGUUAAAAGAAGUUGAAAUAGUAUUAGGUUUAAGAUGCUUAACUACUGUACUUCUACCUCUUCUUGUGGUUGUUUCAUGUUAAAUAUCUGUCAUUCUUUUCACACCUUUAUAUUUGUAAGCCAAUGUCUUGUGCUUCACUUUUGUUAUAGCCAUCCCAACAAGCAGAAUUCUUGAGCAUUUUUUUUUCUCUUUUUUGAGCAUUGCAGUUAGAUGUUAAAGAAUUGUAAGCAUGCAUAUUGUUUAUAGCCAGAGUUUAGGUAAGACUUCAUUCACCAUCCUGCUCUAAUAGGGAAAAAGGCAUGAAUGGUGUUAAAAAAAUUUCUACAUAAGGACUUGUCUGUGGGCAUAUUCAAUUUAUUGUGCAGCCUUGCUAUUAAUUAGAUGGGCCUCAGAUUGAGCGGCUACUCUCAAUUUUUUUUUUUUUUUAUAAAUACAUAUUUCACCCGUGACAGUGAUGUCCAGCUAUUGAGAAGAGUUCACAAAUCACAAUAAAAAAAAGUAAUAUAAUAUGAAAUUUUAGAUUUAAGGAUAACAAUAUUGAUACAGUACUUAACCCUUUCCUCCAACUCCAUCCUUCAUCACAGUGCCUCCCAUAUGAAGAGUGAAUGUUAGUUCUGCUUGUGGUAUUUCCUGAAAUGAACCUACAACUAAUUAGCUUAAGUCCAUCAAUACCAGGGUACUUUUGAACCAAAAAAUACACUCUUAAGUUACAUAAGUUAAGCAUUUAAUAAUUGGUUAAUCCUUGUGAUUAAAGCAUUUCUCUAAAUUUACUCAAGUAACAACCAUAGAAAGAAUCCUAUGAAUAUAUAGAAUCAUUGUUAAGGUAAGAACAUUCAUACUUGACACUUAAAAUGAUUAUACAGCACAAAAGCAUACAAUGCACAAGCCCCUCUUAAAUCUCUUUAUUGGUAGUGAGGGCCAUUAAAUUAUUCUUGACCAUUACAUUGUGGUUCGUUGCACGAUAGUAACUUUCACCUAAACCAGUUACUUCCCCAUUAUUACCUGUCUCUACCUUAGACUCAGUAGAUGACUCUUUGGUAAUACAGUAUAUACUUCACUUUAAUGAGUUUCACAUUAACGAUACAUUUCAAUACAAUAACAAUCAGUAGCACAAGUUGAUAGUCACUCUGGGCGGCCAUAUUGAUGACGUCAGCGAGCGGGGUGGUUUGUUUUGAUCAGAGCGUGUGAACAGGAGGUGUGGUGUAAACCUACUCACUUAUGUUACCACGUUGCGUAACCUCUCUACCUGUGGUGUGGUGAAGCGUUGACUAUGAGUAGCAUAGGAGGAGCUGGUGUUUGUGGAGGGUCACUGGCUUUGAGACUGAAGGAUCAGUUGGUGGUGGUGCUGGGAAAGCAACGCAGUGUGGGAGUGUAGGGGCAGGGAGGCACUAACACCACUCCCCUGCAUUGAAUGACAGCAAACAGUCUCAUUAAGCAGUUCAAUGAGUGUCUAAAGGCUAGUUAUUGUUAACUGUACAUGCAGUAUUAAUGUGAGUGAAUAAGUUGUUGUAAUUUUUUGUGGGGGUUUGUAGGGGGCGAAAGUGUUUGAGGGCUGGUACCAAUUGACCCAUUUAGACUGUAAACUGCACCAUAUUAACGAUUUUCACUUUAAUGACCGUUUUCGUAGUACCAAUUAGUCGUUAAAGUGAAGUAUGGACUGUAGUAAUCUAACAGUGACCUUAAUAAUUUUAUGUGAGGGACAGUGGUUCCAUUUUGGCAUCUCCCAUGCAAGAGAAAACCCUGAGACAUGAUUCUGAAAUACAUAUCUGCUUGGAGAAUCCUGAAUGGGUAUUAUGUACACCAAAUGAACAAAAAGAUUUUCAAAACUCAUCUGUGAAAGUUUGUUAAAUAUAUCAAAUAUACAGGGUAUCAUACUAUCAUCAGUCUAGCCAAAAAAUGUCUUGUUCAAAUAUACUUAAAGUUACUGUACUUUCAUUAGUUUGAUAACAGCAUAACUAAUUAUAUACGGCUUCACUGCCUAACUGAAUUUGAUAUCCUCAACAUUUGAGAGAGAAUGGCCGAACUACGUAUAAGGUGUGUGUAUCGAACAUAAGCAGAUACAACUGAAUUAAGUUCCUUUUAGAUUUUACAUAACAGGUCACCAUCUUGAUAACUUCUUGGCCUGCAGUUUACAAGUGAAACUCAAAAUUUUGAAGUUAGGUUCCAUUUUGUUCUUGAACCUGGAAGGAGACUUUUUUCAGAUCCAAUUGAAAACUCAUUGUGUGAGUUUCUCGACCAAGUUACCGUAUUGUAAUGGGCCUUUUCUUAACAUAAUGUGAACCCCACUUUUCCAUUGACUUCCAUUAUAUAAUUAGAGAUGCAUUGCGAAGGAAAUUUUUUGGGUAAAAAGAAGUAAUACAAGCACUUUUAUGAGUGAAAAUAAACCUUUUAAAACAUAUUCAUUUUAUGAGAUUUAACAUGAUAGUAAAUACAGUAGGGUCUCAGAGUACGUGCAUCCAUAGUAUGUGAUCCCACUUAUAUGUGUCUGACGCUUGGGUCUCACUCUUGAGUGAAUCAACCCACCCACCCACCAUCU